AUGUCUACCCCCUUCGAUCUUCGCAACCCCGGACGCCCGAUCCAUGUCGGCGUAGUCUUGUUGAAUACCGUAACCGAACAUCUCGACAUCGCCCCUGUCGGCUUCUUCCACAACUUCAGCACCUCCUUUAUCAAAAAUCUCCCACCCUUCGCAAUCUCCGACAACCUCAGAUCCCAAGCCCUAGACUUCGUCACCCACUGGGUCACAGAAGACGGCACAACCCCAGGCUCCCUAAGCGGAAACCUCAAAGUCGUCCCCACGGACUCAUUCACCACCUGCCCACCCCUCGACAUCGUCCUCAUCGGCGCCGGUGAAAUGGGCUACCAACCCACCACCGCCGAGAAAGACUUCCUUCGGAAGUGCUAUGCAGAAUGCUCUGCGUUCUUGUCUGUUUGCGGUGCGUCGGACGCCCUCCUAGCCACCGGGAUCUUGGAAGGAAAGACGGCGACAGGUCCACUUUCGUUCUUGCCCUUGUUUCGUGAGAUAGCGCCGAGCACAAACUGGGUGGAGAAGAGAUGGGUGAGGGAUGGGAAGAUGUGGACUACGGGGACGUUGUUGAAUGGGCUGGAUAUGAUUGCUGCGUUUGGGAGGGAGGUUUGGGGAGGGGAGGGGUCUUUGGUGGAGCAUGUGCUUAGAACGGGGUAUUUCCCGAGUAGGGAUCAAUGCCGGACGAUUAUAAGUAUAUGUGUCCACGUCCGCGGAGCUCCAAAGCCUGCGACGCAUGCGGCGGGAAAGACGCCUGUCGAAGAUUACCAUAUUAACUUCUGUAGAUGCGCAAAAUUUGGAUACGCAUGUACAGUUACGGGGAGCCUCCAAUCAAUGACGCAUUUGCUAAUCGCGAACAGAAGUGAAAAGAGCCAGAAUAAACAAGUGGUGAAGGCUUUAACUGAUCAAGGUGAUGAUGUUGUCUCGGGCCUAUGUCGAAAUCAGCCAAAAGCAGAAGAAGACGUGGUGAUGCAGCUGCGCCAACUGCAUCGCGGUGUAAUGCAAGGCCGGAGUCUAGGCGAAGGGGAACCUCGUACCCCAAUAGAUACCAGUUCCAGCGUCGGUGAUGCUGUGGACUAUCAUUCAAGGUCCAGCAAGAUCAGCCUGAAUAUGGAUGAGGCCGAACAGCUACUAUUGCAGUUCAGACAGCAAAGGGCAUACUUCCCGUUCACCGAAGUGCCUGAGGGGACCACAGCGACGACAAUGGCAUCAUCCCAACCCUUCUUAUUACUCGCUAUUCUGACCGUAUCAUUGACGCGGAAGCCGCUCCUGCAAAAGAGGCUAGAUGAAAGAUUCCGCCGUGUGCUAAGUGAGAGAGUUAUAUUUCAUGGGGAAAAGAGCAUGGAUUAUGUUCAAGGUCUACUGGUUUAUAUAGCAUGGCGUCCAUUACAUAUCCGACCGCUCAGUCGCCAGGGCUCGCAGUUUAUGCAGAUACUUGGGACUAUGAUAUCUGAUAUGAAGCUUACGGAAAAUGUGCAUGAUCAGGCUGCUCGAGACAUCUGCCUUGGGUGUUUCACUCUUUCGUCUCUGUUAUCCGUUGGCUUUCGCCGGCGUGGUGAUGACGUCGCAUAUAAGUAUCUCAAAGAAGCAGUGGAUGCCAAGCAGCGAUUAAACCAACCGUAUGAUGAAAAGUUUCAGCUAUCGAAACUUCACGUCCUAUUUGAGGAGAUAAUGCGCUGCCAGAUAGAAUGUAGCUCUCUGAAAUGCCCACUCACCAAACAACAGAGAGUCGAAGAGAAAAUGGAAUCUCUCCGUCUAGAAAUACAGAUAUUUGAACGAGUACAUGGUCUCAGCACCAGCACUGACAUACACACUGUCCCUGUACGUCUUCUACUAUCAUCACUCAAAGUGCAUAUCGCACUUCUACCUUUCCGAAUUCUGGAUGCUAGACCGAGCACCGUACCCAACCUCGAACGCUUAGUCAACCAAGGCACCUCCUGCGCAAGUGAAAUUCGGUCUUUCUUCGAAUACUUCCUUUCCAUUCCACAGAGUCAAUACAUAUUAUUCUCGUAUCGAGAUUGGUGCCAAUUAAUUCUCACCAUAAGCGCAGCUUCCGAUAUCUGUUUCCUGUCUUCGGCUUCUAUGAGCCCUAUAUGGACCGACUUCCAAACCAAGACACGAUCAGGCAUGUUAAUCUAUCUCGAGAGCCUUUCUCAUCGAAUGACGAGACUUUCAGUGACGAAGGACGGAGAGACCCCUGAUAUAUUUUUUAUGUUCAAGUCGGUGUUGGAAAUAGUGUUGUCCACAUAUGCUCCAACCAGCGGGGAGUCUUCAUCCCUAACGUCAACAAGCAUUAAGGGAAACCCUUCUGUGAGAGCGGAGACCGGCCGGAAUGUGGCUGCUACUUCGUCCACACCUUCUACCCGCUGCCCCAUGGUGAACGGGAGUAUCCGAGAGUCAGAAUUCUGGGAGGCCAUGAAACAAAGUGAUGUAUACCUAGAAGGGUUGGCGAAUGGGGUGAACGGUGAGGAUGUUUUUACAUCGGGAGUAGAUAGUUUGCUCGCUGAUUGUGGGGACUGGCCGAGCAUCUUUUCAGAAUGGGUCAAUGUGUCAUUAAAUUGA